UUUAUCAGUGUACACAAUGACGGAGGUUUUACCCGCAGAGGAAAGCAAACAAGACCGUGUUGUCACCAUUCUCAAUGGCUUUCAAAUAAAUUGGAUGAAUCUCCGGGAUGCAGACACAGGUAAAAUCCUCUGGCAGCACAAUGAAGACAUGUCCUGUCCUGACAUGGAACACGAGGCGCGCGUCCCCAAACGCAUAUUGAAGUGUCGAGUUGUGUCUCGAGAGAUGAACUUCAGCUCUAUAGAGAGUAUGGAGAGGUUUCGGCUUGAACAGAAAGUACUCUUCAAAGGGCGUUGUUUAGAAGAAUGGUUCUUUGAGUUUGGCUAUGUGAUACCGAAUUCUACUAACACUUGGCAGUCUAUAAUAGAAUCUGCGCCGGAGUCACAAAUGAUGCCAGCUAAUGUUUUGAAUGGAAACGUCGUAAUUGAAACAAAGUUCUUCGACGGAGAUCUGCUAAUAACAACAUCAAAAGUGCGUUUAUUCUACGUGUAAUUCAAUUUGCACUGCUCAGCAUUUACUGGCAUUUCAUUUAAAGACGCAUUUAAGUACAGUUCUUACUCUAUUUUGGUCUCAGUCCUCAGAAUGUUAUUUUUUCACGGAAAGUAUGUCAUGUCGUAUACAUUACACUAGUAUGUUAAAAAGCCUGCAUUUACAAAUUCUUAUGAGUUAUAAAGAACUUCUGCGUUCGUUCGUUUUCGCCCGAUAAUAGAACCGAUCAGUGAAAAUAAUGCAUUAUGCAAACAUUUAUUUAUUCAAUAGCAUAUAAAAUAAAGUAUCCUCUAUUUUUAUUACCUACAGUCAAUAAAUGGUAGUUAUAUAAAAAUUAAAAAUUGCAUUUUAAUAAAAUAAUAUUUUAUUGUGUUAUUUAUUUUUGUUAAGUAUAUACGUACAGACUAGGAUUUGUUUAAAGUUAUACCUUGUACAAAGUACAUGCGCAGAAUGGUAAUUCGAAAACCGGGCGAGAUGUGAAAAAUCACGUUAGAGUGAAAGAGAAGACCUUUUUUUAUGCGUUCAGGCCCGUAGUGCACGCACUUUAAUAGUAUUUAAGCAGUGAGUGUCAUUCUUACUUUGUGUAUUCACGAAAUUUUAUUCAGGUAUUGAUGUAUAAAUAAUCUAAUACGCCUGCCACACACUCGCCGAGUGGCAUGGGAAGUAACGAGGUAAGGAGGCAGAGACAUAGAGUGGGGCAAUAUUACUCGUCAUGCCACUCGUUAUGCUCCUCGUCCUGCUCACUGCUCCCUAUUUUGUUGGUUUUUGCGCGCGAGUCAAAGGACCGGCAAUACGAGUGCGAGUGGCUGGCCACAUAGCACAUAAUCGCGCGAUCGCAGUCCGCAUAGAGCGCUCGCGCAAGACACAUGCAAAAUUGGAAAUUAUGUGGUCGCCGAGCGUGGAAUUGUAAAAUGAAAAAGCGUUAAUGUUUUUUAUGUUUGAGAACGAUGACGACGAUGUAUAUUUAUUUUUACUACAUAAAUAAAUAAUUACCUAUACUAAAAUUGCAUAGCGCGCACGCUGCCACCCUUUCAACGUCCAUUGUCUCACCAAGGCAAAUGACAAAUGACAAGUGACAAGCGUCGCGAUUAUUUGUGCGAGUAGAGUAGUGUGUGGGCAGAGAGGGCAACGUCGCGGCAAAUCACGGCAGUGCGAUGAGCAGUGCAAGGAGCAUAGUCUGGCAGGCGCAUUAUAUACAUAGAAUUUAAAUUAAAUAAACGUUAAUGGAUCUUUUUUUCCAUUGUGGGAAGAUUGUAGGGCUUCAUAAUAGGUGUAAUUUUAUCACAUAAAACACUCAACUGUCACUUUGACAGCUCCGUAGAUAACCUAAAAAAUUUAUAUAAAUAAUAAAUAUUUAGAGUUCACCAAACAAUAAUGAUUAGCUAUCUGUUUAUUUUAUUACAUUCUCUGUUCAUUUUCCCAAAUAUACCUAAAACGAUCCAAAAAUAUAUUUUUUUAUUAGUUUGUGCAUCCGAUGUUCUCGUAAAAAAUGACGCUCACUAUAAUAUUUGUAAAUUUUCAUUUGUCUAGUCAAUAUUCACCGAUAAGUAUUGCCUUUUAUAAUAAACUAGCGUAAUAUGUAGGUAGAUGUAAAACUUGCUCACACUUACCUUUUAAUAGUUAUAGUAGAAGUUAUUGCGUCCGAGUUAAAUCUUACUAGACAAUACUUUAUUUUAAAUGUAUUGUAUGUUAUUAUUUUUUAAAUGUCUGAGGCUCUGAUACGAAUUAUGCGCUCUAACUAAGAAAAGGAACACCAUAUUGUCAUGUUGUGACGUCACAACUGUUACUUCUAACAAAUAAAUUAGCAUUAAGUUUAUACUUAAAAUUUGAGUCAGGCGAGAUAAAAUAAACUGUUAUAUAUUUACAAACAGCAUUUCUAAAUAAAUCUGAGGACGUUCUCAAUUCGACUGUAUGAUUUUGGGUUUCUUACCUCAGUACUUUCGACUAAAGUGAACUGAUUUUGAUGAUUAUUUUUUUUUAUUUAAGUGACAUUUGACACAAAACUAUUGGUGACUCACCCUCCUAUUCUUAGUUGGAUGGCAAUACAUAAAGCUACAAUACCACAAAAUCUCCAUACGAAUAAGAUAUGCUAUGUAAAAGGAAUAUGUUUAGUUAUGUAAUUUAAAUCAUGACAUAUCAAUGUAAUUAUGUUUUUAUUCAAUAAUAAAAUGUAAAACUUAUCUGAUAAAUUUGAAUUUUCAUUAAUUA